AUGGACCCGCCAGCGACGCUCGCCAGGACCAGAGGCGGCCGUCUGCGUCAGCGCCAGCACAGCCGCCCGUCACCAGCACCCCGCGACCCCCACCCCGUUUCUCAGUCACCUCCUCGUCGCCUCCCCGUCGCAUCCCCGUCUCCUCCCCGUCGCAUCCCUGUCUCCUCCCCGUCGCCUCUCCGUCCCCUCCUCGUCGCCUCCCCGUCCCCUCCCCGUCACCUUCCCGUCGCCUCCCCGUCGCAUCCCCGUCCCCUCCCCUUCACCUUCCCGUUGCCUCCCCGUCCCCUCCCCGUAACCUCCCCGUCGCCUCCCCGUCCCCUCCCCGUCACCUUCCCGUCGCCUCCCCGUCACCUCCCCAUCGUGUCCCCGUCCCCUCCCCGUCACCUCCCCGUCGCGUCUCCGUCCCCUCCCCGUCACCUCCCCGUCGCGUCCCCGUCCCCUCCCCGUCGCCUCCCCGUCGCCUCCCCGUCCCCUCCUCGUCGCCUUCCCUUCCGCGACUGCGGCUGGACUAACGUGGGUUGGGUUGGGAAGGGUCUGGAGGGAGGGUGGGGGGGAGGGGGUGAGGUUCCAGGGGGCGGCUGA